ACGGCUUCAUCUCCUCAUGUCACCGGUAUCCUGAAAGGGCUUCAAAAGUACCUCGACGGCACAGCCCGGGUGUCAACCGAUAGACUAUCGUGCAUCACUGUAGAGCAGGUGACAGCUACACUGACCGGCUGCCUAUUAACCUUCUCCGACCCGGACGUGGUUGUUCGGUCUUUGAGGGUUGAUAUACUUCGUGCAUGGGAUCGCGCUAAAUGGCUUAUGGAAGAGAGUCACGUUGAGAAGAUCGUACAGAGACUGCAAAACCACAAGCUUAGUCUGGCACUCAUGCUUAGCAUUCUGCAAUGUAUCUCUCUCUACGCCAUACCGAUUUACGCAGCAGAGAUAUCAAAUCUGGAGAUGUACCGCUUUGUGAUAGAACCGAGAUCCACCGCUCAAGAAUAUGAAGAGCAGCAGACGGCAAGAACUAACAGGUUGCCUCUAGCGAAGCGCAGCUCAUCGCCUUGGUUUCAACGAUACUAUUGGAGAACGUCCUCCUAAGGGCAAUCAUCCCCCGGUGCCCCAUGGUGUUGGACAUACUGCCGAGG